UUUUUAUUUAUAUAUCAAAAGAACAUUCUAAAUCUGCAAAGGCAAGCGUUACAAGUAUGGUUGUCCGUACUUUCUUUCACGUUUGCAAGUCUAUUUGUGGUUCUGCGCGCGCGCGCAUUUAUGUGCAUGCGUGCGUGAACGGGCGAAGCAGUUGUUUGCAUUCAUAUUUUUGGCUGCACUUGACGGAUCGAAUCUAUGCAACCGCUGAAGUCGUCCAAGGAUAUCUUGAUCGACGCUGGACCUGCACUUGCUUCUGCCUGCCAUGGACACUUAAUUCGUCAUUAUCCUCUUUGUCUUCUUCAUCAACAUCGUCAUUACCGUCAUCCUCAACCGCCGCUACGUUCUCAUCCUUGACCAUUGUUCCAGCGACCCUCCGCUCGUUUUGCUUUUUUUGCGUACAAUCUUUAAUUUGCACUUUCGCUUGUGCACGCUCACGUUUUCUUUUCUUCCUCCUGCACACACCUCUGUCUCUCUUUCUUUUUUCCCCCUUCGCAUUCUCCAUCCAACUAUACACAAUCCUCAUCCAUCAUGGCAGCAAGUGUCUCCCCCACGCUCCAAAGCAGACCUAUGCAUCCCUCUACCUCUGCUGGGAAACGCGACUCGAUCGCAUCCAUAGAACAACAGAAGCAGUUCUAUAGCGACAUGGCAGAGGUUACUCAGCAGGAACAGCAACAACAGCAGUACCAGCAGUAUCAGCAACAACAGUAUCAGCAACAGCAGUAUCAGCAACAGCAGCAGCAGCAA